CAGGAAUAUGAUGACCAUGUUUUGGUGAGUGAUGUUGUGAUUGUAAACCAAGAUGGAAGUGGGAAUUUUAGUACUAUAAAUGAAGCUGUGGCUAUUGCUCCAAAUAUCACUAAUGGUACCACUGGCUAUUUUCUCAUAUAUAUUACUGCUGGUGUGUAUGAGGAAUAUGUCUCAAUUGCCAAAAAGAAGAAGUAUUUGAUGAUGAUUGGUGAUGGUAUCAACCAAACCAUUAUCACAGGCAACCAUAGCUACAAUGUUGAUGGAUAUACAACAUUUAAUUCUUCUACUUUUGCUGUGGUUGGUCAAGGAUUUGUUGCAGUUAACAUCACAUUCAAAAACACAGCUGGACCAAUAAAACAUCAAGCAGUUGCAGUCCGAAAUGGUGCAGAUUUAUCCACAUUCUACAGUUGCAGUUUCCAUGGGUACCAAGACACAUUAUAUGUACACUCACUCAGACAAUUUUACAGAGAAUGUGACAUUUAUGGCACAGUCGAUUUCAUAUUUGGAAAUGCUGCUGCAAUUUUCCAAAACUGCAACAUAUACCCGAAACUCCCGCUAAAAAAACAGUUUAAUGCAAUCACAGCACAGGGCAGAUCAGAUCCGAAUCAAAACACAGGGAUUUCGAUCCAAAAUUGCACAGUAAAACCAGCAGAUGACUUAAAAUUCAGCAACGGUAGCACGCAAACGUACCUUGGUAGGCCUUGGAAGGCGUACUCGAGGACUAUUUACGCACAAACUUUCAUCGAUGGAUUUGUGAAUCUGUUAGGGUGGAGAGAAUGGUCAGGGGAUUUUGCACUUAAUACGAGUUAUUAUGCAGAGUUUAAUAAUACAGGGCCGGGUUCUAUUACGAUUGGCAGAGUCAUUUGGCCUGGUUUUCAUGUUAUUGAUGCUGCUGAUGCUGCAAAUUUCACAGUUUCUGAGUUCUUACUUGGAGAUGAUUGGUUGCCACGAACUGGAGUGCCAUAUUUUAGUGGUUUAGUAUAAGAGUUUAAGUUAUAUACAUCGUCAGUGUAACAAUUGUUUUACAAUAUCAAGUCACUCAAAGAAGGAUAUAUAUUUACAUGUAAAUGUGGGAUUUAUAAUCUUGAAAAUAAGAAGUAUUACCCGCUUCAACAAGUUCGUUAUCAUGAAAAUACGAUGGAGUACCAGCUACUUCAGGUUCGUAAUAUUAAAAAUACGAUUACAUGCUACAACAGUUUUGUAAUCUUGAAGUAAGACCGAUUACUUGCUACAAAGGUUUAUAAUCUUAAAAAUAAGACGAAUUAAUGCUUUACAAUUUGGGAAUAGAUUCAAACUUAUAAUUACAAAAAUAGUAAAUAUAGUGAUAUUUCACAUAUAUUAGAAUACAAAAAAAGUUGCCUUUAUUCCAAACGCAUAAAAAAAAGACUUGAAAAAGAAUAAGGGAACAAAGCACCUAUGAUAAAAAUAGCUAGAGACAUAUCAGCACUUUUAGAAAAAGUCAUAUAUGUAGUCAUUAAUUUCUUCUGGUUUUUGAUGGCUUAAACCUUUGAGAUUCUUAGCCUGAAAGCAUUGUAUUUUUUAAAUUAUGGA